AUGGGCCCCUGUACCGCCUCCUCAUGCUGCUGCCAGGCCCCUAAUCUGCCAUGGGCCCCUGUACCGCCUCCUCAUGCUGCUGCCAGGUCCAGAGUGUCUCAUGGGUCCCUGUACGGCCUCCCAUUGCUGCUGUCUCCAUCGCCACACUCUGCCAUGUGCCACUUUCAGGUCUCCUCACACUGCUGGUGUGUUCCAUUUUUUUGUCAUAGGGUGCUGGCAGAUUACGGGCCUCCCAUAGCUGCUGCCAGGCCCCUAAUCUGCCAUGGGCCCCUGUACCGCCUCCUCAUGCUGCUGCCAGGUCCAGAGUCUCUCAUGGGUCCCUGUACGCCUCCCAUUGCUGCUGCCAGGAGGCAGCAUCGCAGCAGUGUCAGUGGAGGCAAACGGCCUGUCAUA